AUGCCAUCAUCAUUUCGUUUACUUUAUGAACAAGCUGAGCCAACAUCAGCUCUUCAAAAUGAUGGUCGAGAUUCAAUGAAACUUUUUUCAUGUUCAUCAUGCACAUCGAUCUGGCAAACAUGGACGAUUUCGAUUACCGAAUCUGUUUAUUCUUCAACCUCAGCAUCAUCUCAAACUCGACUUAUUCGACAAUCAACCGGAAAACAACAAUAUCGUAGUCUACAAGAUCUUAUUCAUUUUCGUGGACAAUGA